AUGAACGCAGAGGACAUGGAGCUACGAUGGUUCCGCACCAAGUUCUCAGAGGUGGUGUUCAUGUAUCAGAACCACCAGGAGCAGCACAAGGAGCAGAUGCCCCAGUACGCAGGGCGGACCUCGCUGGUGAGGGACCUCUUCACCCAGGGGCAGGCUGCCGUGCACAUCCAGAAUGUCCAGGCUUCAGACAAUGGGAUGUAUGUCUGCUUCUUCAAAACCAGAAGCUACUAUGAAGAGGCCAUUCUAGAACUGCAGGUGGCAGGCCUGGGCUCUGCCCCUCAAGUGCACGUUGAAGGGCCGGAGCAGGACGGGGUCCGCGUGGUGUGCAAGGCCUCGGGCUGGUUCCCAAAGCCCCAGGUGCAGUGGACAGACCUCAGCGGGAAGAAGUUCCCGGAGUUCUCUGAGGCCCAUGCCCAGGACGCAGCAGGGCUGUUCAGCGUGGAGGCGGCUCUGGUGGCCUCUCCCUGGAAGGCAGCUUUUGCUGGGAUCCUGACGGUGCUGGGGCUCCUGCUCUUUGGGGCUGGCUGCUUCACCAGGAGAGAGCACUCUGCAAAGGUGCAGGAGAGAAAGAAACAGGAGAAGCUGCGCUGGGAUAAGGAGGAGGACCAGCGGGCAAAGGAGGAGGCACUGAAGGCCAGAGAUGAGCUCCAGGCAGAACUCGGUCAGAGGAAGGCAGCUUACCUGGCUGCCUGGAGGAAGGCGCAGCUGUAUGCUGGGCAUGGAGCCGAUAUCACAAAAGGAACUGUAAGAGGUUGGACAACAGCCCACAUAGCUGCAGCCAGAGGUCAGGAUGCUUGUGUGUAGGCUCUUAUGAUCAAUGGAACAAACCCGGCAGCUCAAGAUGACCAUGGAUGCAGACCUUCACAUCCCACUGCGAAUCAUGGAUGCUCUUUCACUUCACAAAUAAUGCUCCAAAGUGGAGAUCCCAGGGUGACGAGGAGAGAACAGAGACCUGUACAUGAGGCCACUUUUCAUGGGGGACUUGGCUUCUUGCAGCUUCUUGUUAAGUGGGGAUGUAGCAUAGACUCUGGGGGCCACAAUGGAAACCUUCCAGUUCUAGCAGCCCUGGAAGGCCACCUUCACUGUCUCAAAUUCCUACUCAGUGGAACGAGCAGAGGAACAUAAAUUUUAACUGUCAAUGAUAAUGGAGAAAAUGUAGCAGAGCUGGCACAGAGGUUCUUUAAGCAGAACAUUUCACAGGUUAUCCAAAGGACUGGGUAUGAAGGAAAUGAUGUGGAAGGUCAGGAAACCUUAGCAUUUCCAGGUCGUGUGCCUGGCCUUAAGGGUGAUGUGGAAAUGCUGAGAAAUCCAGAGGUUGGAGUAAUCCAUGUGAGUGAGUAUGAUGAUGGUGGAUCAGCAUCUGUGCUUAAAGCUGCUGCACAAGGUCACACAGAGUCUGCAGUGGUUCAUUACAGAGGAGCAGACAGUGACAUCACCACAAAGCAGGGACCCAGUGAUGUGGCCACGAGGUUUGCCCAUCUGGCAGCAGUGAAGCUGUUAAAGGGGCUACAGAAAUAUCAUAUAGAGGAUGUGAAUGAAAUUGAUAUUAAUGAGAUUGAUGAGAUUUUUAUAAGACAUGAUGUUGAGGGAAGCACUGAUGCCAAGGAUGACUGAUGUCUCAGGGAGUAGUAUAAAACAGAUGUCAUGAUGACAGAUUAUAAGAAAAUUGUAGAAUAGCACCUUCUGGAAAUUGCUCUGAGUAACCGUAAACACAUUGGACAGAUAACAGAAGAAACGUUAAAGCAGUUUAGUUGACAACUAAUGUCUUAUUGAAAAAGAAGGAAAUGAAGUGUUCACUCUCUUCCAGAGGUCACAUGGACCAGCCCCACCAUUUUGUGUGAUUUUGUUUCCUAUCAAGCAAAUCAACCCAGGUAGCAAUGCCAAUUUCUAUGAAUGCACCUGUGCAGGUGUGGAUGGUGGAAAAAAUUUAUCACCACAGGAGAAGUGCAUUUUAUUUAUUACUGUCAACCUCCUAAUCCUGUG